AUGGCCCGUGCUAAACUGGGGCAGGGGCCGCGGGUACAUAGCCCGGUCCGGCUCGGGCUGCUUCAGUCUGCGGCGGAGGAGCAGGACGUGGACGCUCGCGCGCCUUUGGAAUCACGUUUAACGUUUUUGGAAACAGCGCAGUGGAUUGUACCGAGCCGCGGACCCCUGUUUGAGACGCACAGGACUGGGAUCGAUUUUGUCUCCAGCGGAAAUGUGGGAUUUGUGGUUUACACCACCUCCUACGGACACCCACCUCCUACAGACACCACCUCCUGCAGACACCUACACCUCCUACGGACACCAUCCUCCUACAGACACCACCCUCCCAGAUACCACCUCUUACAGACAUCACCACCUCCUACAGACACCACCUCCUGCAGACACCACCACCCUCCUACAGACACCAUCAUUCCUACAGACAACCACCUCCUACAGACACCACCACCUACAGACUCCACCUCCUACAGACAGACCACCUCCUACAGAACCACCACACCCUCUUAA